AUGCGAAAUCAAACCAUUUCACAAGAGAAUUUGACCCAUUCAGCAGAGGAAGAAAGUAUAUUACAGAAGGUCAAGACUAAAGAAGAUCCAACUGAUAAUGAUCCCGCUGCUAAGCUGAAUGCAACGCAAAAGAAUAUUACAUUUGUGCAACCAAAUUCGGCUUCAGCCGCAUUUGUCAAAACAAAAGAGGAUUAUUCUCCAGAAACCCCGCCAUAUUUUAAAUAUGCCGCCGUAGGACCCAACGAAGAUUCUGAUGGCACUACAUUUGAAGAAAUCGCAGAGAAGGAGAACAGGACAAACUCGUUAGAUGCUAUCAACGAGAUCCCUAGAGAAAUGAAUAAUAUAAACAACAUCAAUGGCAAUUAUAGCGAAGAAUUGGAAGAAAAAGAAGAAAAAGAAGAAAAAGAAGAAAGAGUGUUAAGUCUUAGUGAGCUAGAUUGGGAUGGACCUGAUGACAAGGAUAAUCCACAAUCGUGGUCUAAAUUUAAAAAAUGGUGGAUAACGUAUACAGCAGCCAUAAUGUGUCUUUGUUGUUCUCUUGGUUCAUCGAUGUAUACAAGUGGGAUUCCAGAAAUAAUGAUACGUUUUGGAAGUUCGCAAGAGUUGUGUUUAUCAGGUCUUACUUUUUACUUGAUUGGGUUAGCAUUAGGUCCCGCAAUCGCGGCUCCUUUAUCCGAGGUUUUUGGUAGAAAACCACUUUACGUGUAUUCUUGGCCAAUUGCCAUGUUGUUUAUCAUGGGUGUCGGGUUGGCAAAAAACAUGAGAACUCUAUUGGUACUUCGUUUCUUUUGUGGGUUUUUUUCAAGUCCUGCUUUGUCAAUUGCGGGUGGAACAAUUUCCGAUUUGUGGGCCAACAGACUUUUUGAUCAGUCUAUUGCCGUGGCCAUUUUUUGUUUGUGUCCUUUCCUUGGUCCUGUUUUGGGCCCUAUUAUUGGUGGAUUCGCAGCUGAGCACAAAAACUGGCAAUGGGCAGCUUCUUGGGUUUUGCUUAUGUUCUUUGGUGCUAUUUGGCCAUUUGCCAUUUUAGCCCCCGAGACUUUCAAACCUGUUAUAUUGAGUCGUAGGGCUCAGAAGCGCGGUUUAAAAGUUGAUACCCCAAAGUUAAAUAUGGAGUUUUUCAAAAAAGUGAUACGAGUCAACUUGCUUAUGCCCUUGGUGUUGUUGGCUUCGGAACCAAUUGUGUUGAUUAUGUCUAUUUACAUUGCUUUUAUUUUUGCCGUUUUGUUUGGGUUUUUUGAAGCAUUUCCUGUAAUAUUCCGCGGCGUUUAUCGAAUGAGCUUGGGUGUUUCUGGUCUCCCUUUUAUUGCUGUUGGUUUAGGGUUAAUUUUGGGAGUGUUAUUCUAUACAGUUCUUGAUUUUGUGUACUAUUUCCCCAAAAACGCUGACGGAACUCGUGGUAAUAAAGAUGAGAAUGGAAAGAUUAUUAUUGAUUCUCCAGAAAAGAAGUUAUUAGUGGGCAAGAUUGGUGCUAUUUGUUUACCGAUUGCCUUGUUCUGGUUGGGAUGGAGUGGGAGGACACAGUCUGUCCAUUGGAUGGCUCCCGCUGUAAGUGGAGUUCCGUUUGGAUUUGGCUUGAUACUAGUGUUUUUUUCCGUUUUGUUAUAUUUUGCCUUGUCGUUUCCACCAGUCAUUGUUGCCUCGGCUAUUGCUGCAAACAAUUUGUUGCGGUAUUUGUUGGCAUCUGUUUUCCCGCUUUUCACAGUACAGUGUUUUGAGAAUUUGGGUAUAGGUUGGGCAGGAUCUCUAUUUGGUUUUAUUGCGUUGAUUAUGGUACCAGUACCGUUUGUAUUUGAACGAUAUGGUGCCAGGUUAAGGAACCGAAGUAAAUUUGGUUAUGCGGCUUACUUUAGGAAAUUGGCCGAGGAAAAAGCAUUGAAAAAAGCUGAGGAAAGCGAGAACAAUGAUGUUGAUGUUGAUGUUGAAGAAAACUACAACCAGUUGAGUUCUGAUGGUCUGGGAAUUGAAGAAAAAAUAGAAGUAUCGCAAAAAGUUUAA